UUGCAGAGACGACGAGAACGGUAGUAAUCGAAUGCGCGGAUCGCUCACGAGCGAGCGCACGCGAGUGAGAGUGAUAAUAACGCCGACGCCGACGUCGUUCAAGGACACGGUGAGCGAUCAGCGGCAGCGGAAGAGUAGCAGCCACAUUCCUCGCCUAUUCCGUCGUUCGAUCCUCCGACAGUCGACGCGUAUCAUUUGGCUCGGCCCGCACCAUCCGACUCCGGGGCGCGGCCCGAUGACCCACUUGGGCUAGGCCCACGGGCUUGUAGAGGAUCGCGAGCACAGUUAAAUGACGGUCUGAGGGGCCCGUGCCCUCCCUUACACGUGCCAAUAUCACGAGCCGUCAGCAGCCCGUUCCCAAGUAAAUCCUUCCCGGUCUAAGGAUGGAGUACCAGCAGCUGGUACCGGCGCCAGUGCCCGGCCCUAUCCUUCACCCGGCGCACCACCCACAACAAUCGCAACAAUCGGGGGCAGCCCCCGCGCAGCCCCAUCCUCACGGUGUCGUCGCCCCGGCCCACGCUGUACAGCAGCAGCAGCAGCAGCAGCAGCAGCAGCAACAGCAACAGCAACAGCAACAGCAGCAACCAAUGCCUCCGACGACGCACGCCCACCAGAUCCACGUGCCACUGCCCUCCCUGCACGAGGACAGCGCCAGCAGCAGGUGGACGCAGUACCAGCAUCUCUGGCGCCAGCAUCACGUGUACAUGAACGGAAAACAAGGAAAAGAUGUCCCGGACGAAAAAAAAGAUGCGGACGGCGAGCUGUGGGGCAACGUUGAGGCCCAAGCCGCCUUUCUCGGGCCCAACCUAUGGGACAAGACAUUGCCCUACGAUGCCGACCUGAAGGUAUUAAAUCAUUAUGUCGACCUGGACGAGUUCCUCUCGGAGAACGGGAUCCCCGUGGAUGGCGUGGCCGGUGGCGGCGCAGCCGGGGCUCAGGGCGCGAUGCAGCCCAGUCAGCUCCACAAGAUCGGCAACAGCGAAGCGACAGGCGGUCACCAGGGACCCGCGAGCCUUCACCUCGAGCCCGUCACCAAGCGCGAACGCUCGCCCUCACCGAGCGAAUGCUGCUCGCCCGACACCCUCAAUCCACCCUCGCCCGCGGACUCCACGCUCUCGAUGGCCUCAUCGGGGCGGGACUUCGAUCCCCGGACCCGAGCAUUCUCCGACGAGGAGCUCAAGCCCCAGCCGAUGAUCAAGAAGUCACGGAAGCAGGUCUUGCAGUUCGUUCCCGAUGACCUAAAGGAUGACAAAUACUGGGCCCGUCGCAGAAAGAAUAACAUGGCGGCGAAACGCUCGAGGGACGCGCGCCGCAUGAAGGAGAAUCAAAUAGCCCUACGUGCCGGAUUCCUUGAGAAGGAGAAUAUGGGACUGCGGCAGGAGCUGGACCGGUUAAAGAACGAGAAUAUGCUGCUGCGCGACAAGCUAAGCAAGUACACGGACGUGUAACCGCUGCGGCCCCCAGCGCUCCGCACCUCAAGCUAACGAAUAACGAGAAUCCCCCGAGUGACGAUGUGUCUAUGUGCUAACUGCGAGCGAGAAAGGAGCAUUAAAGGAUUAUCGGUCCACUGCACGCGCCUUCUAACACCCACGCGCGAUAUCUGUUACUCUCCUCCCUUUUCUCUCUCUCACUCUCUCUC